CUAACCUCUCAGCCUUCUCCUUGUAGGUGGUACACCCUGAAGUCCAAACCAGGAAAGAAGGAUAAAGAGCGAGGAGAAAUCGAGGUUGACAUCCAGUUUAUGAGAAACAACAUGACUGCUAGCAUGUUUGACCUGUCCGUGAAAGACAAGUCUCGGAAUCCGUUUGGGAAACUGAAGGACAAGAUCAGGGGGAAGAAUAAGGAUAGUGCAUCCGACACCGCUUCAGCCAUCCUCCCCAGCACAUCACCCUCUGUCGACAGCGACGAUGAGUCACCUUCGAAAGACAAGAAAAAGAAGUCAAAGAUCAAGACCUUGUUUUCCAAGUCUAACUUGCAGAAAACACCGCUUUCCCAGUCCAUGUCUGUCCUGCCUACUCCAAAGUCAGACAAAGUGCUGCUGCGUCCUGGGGAGUUUCAGUCCCGGUGGGAGGAUGAUGACGAGGAUGAGUCCUCCUCUGCCUCGGACAUCAUGUCUCACAAGAGAACAGCAGGCGCAGAUCCUAAGCAACUGAACCAGGUCAACCUCACCCUUCCCAAGAAGGAAGGGCUCUCUUUUCUUGGCGGCCUUCGGUCCAACAACGACUCGCUCUCCCGCUCUAAUGUCUGUAUCAACGGGAACCAUGUUUACGUGGAGCAGCCAGAAGGCAAGUCUGAGACGAAGGACAGCACCUCCUCUUCCCCGUCCCCUCAGGGCUUCAGGAAGAAGCAUUUGUUCUCCUCCACGGAAAACCUGUCUCCUCGGUCCUGGAAGGAACCCGGGGAAGGGGGUGCUGUGUCUCCUGACAAGUGGCUCUCUGAGUCUUCCACAAAGACCUCUCCGAAAUCCAUGACCCUGCCGCCCUCCUGGCCGCCGGUCAGCGGGGACAUUAGGGAAAACACAGCUCCAGCGAAGUUGGAGGCCGGGAAAGAAUCCAAAGAGAGUAAGAAGCAUGAGAACAAGAAGUCCUCUUUGCUCUCUCUGGUGACAGGAAAGAAGGAUGCGGCCAAGGGCAGUGAAGGUGAAAGCCCUGCUUCCACCUCCGGGAAGGAGCAGGAGGGCCCGCUGCGGGAGGACGGGCCGGGGCCUGCUGAGGGUCUUGGGAAGAGAUCUGAGAAGGAUACGAUGGCCGCUGUCUCCGGACGGGGGAAAUCCCUGAACCCCUUUGAAGAAGGGCAGAGCACAGAACCGGCGGCUGACCCAGAGCCCAAGUCUGAACGGACACCACCUGUUACCUCUGCCAGGGCGCCCCAGACCAAAGCCGUGAAACCUCGACUGGAAGUGUCUCCAGAGGUUCAACCCACAGCCAGGCUUCCUCCUCCCCCUGACUCCUUUCCCUUUUUUCCUGCUCUCCCUUCCAGUCCCGCUCAGACACCUGUCUCUCCUGAGUCGGGGCGUGAGGCAGAGACACAGUCCUCAGAAUCUCCUUCUGUCUUCUCCGCUUUCUCCCCGCCCCUUGCAGCUCCCAUUUCCACAUCCACGCCUAUCACAAGCUGGCCUUCCCCCGAGCAGGGCCAGGCAGGUGCCGAGGAACCAUCGGUGCCCCUUGACGCAGAGGUGCAAAAGGAGAGUUUAACACAAGUUCCAAGUGCUGUUUCUUGUGCCCGGGGCUCACUUCCCAAACAGCCACCCACGGCGCUGUGGAAAGGGACGGAGGAGGCUCCAGCGGGGAAGACCAGCGAGACGGACACAGAGAAGGCUACCAGUGGCGAUGACUCAGCACAGUGUCCCCCGAAGCAGCCUGAACUGGGGCAGCAAGAAGAACCUCCAAGGUUUCCCCCCAAAAAGCAACAAGACUACCCCCCUUCGUCAGAAGGGGCCCCAGAAGUAGCAUUGGCCCUUUCAGUGAGAAGCGGCAGGAUGGGAGGCCCGGCUGGGAAGCCUCCAAUGGGGGUAAAGACAGACUUGGAGAGUCGGUCUGGGUUUUUUGAGGAGGACAGAGUGAGGGGUGGGGAAAUGACUGCCACAAUCAAACAGGCGGUACCCCCUCUUCGAAUGGGAGAACCGGUCCUCCCACUUAACUCCACCAUGCGAAGACACGAAGAGAUGGGUCUGAAUGGCAGUGAGGGCCCAAAGAAGAUCAAGAAGCAUGUGUCAUUUUCUGAGCAGCUGUUUAGGGAAGAGGAGGCGGAGAAGUCCCCUGGACUGGUCGGAGAGGACGAAAGUCAUCCCCAGGAGCUGGGGCGUGAAGGGGCUGCCACCGGCGACGUGUGUGAUAGAGAGCCUGCUGAGCGUCCCCACGCAGAAGACUCCGAGGGGGAGGCUGUGACUGAGCCCCGGCCGCUGAAUUCCGGCCUGCCGGCUGCCAUGGCCAGUCACCUGCUGCCCCCCUCCCAUGAGGACAGUGACUCAGAAGGCCCAGGGAGUGAAGCCAGCUCGGGGCAAGGCAUGGAGGGAGACGAUACCCUUCUGGCUCAAAAUCAGAGCAAAGCCAGUGAUCACGAAGGCCUGUUGUCUGAUCCCCUGGGUGACCUUCAGUCUGCCUCAGAUGUUAAAUCUCCAGUCACGGCUGACCUGGACUUAACCCUUCCUUCCAUUCCUGAAGUGACAUCGGAUGAUGAAAGAGUGGACGAGGUGGAAGAUGACAGAGAGGCAGCCAAGGUGGCGGCUCUGGAAGGAGCUUCUUCCCCGAGCAGGUCACCUGCCCGUCCCGAGAAGGCGCCGAGUGGCGAGGCAGGUGGGUCGGCGGUGCCCGCAGACAGCCUGCGUGAGCUCAGGUCAGGAGCACCGGAAGCAGCUGUCAGGGCUUCUUCAGAGCACACUACAACUUCAGGAAUUCUUAAACCAAGUCUCGGCAAGAGCUCACGCUUGGACACCCAGCUGCCAGGCCCUGGCGAUGGCGAGGAGGCAAAAGUGAUGGGAAAUGGGAGGCUAAGGCAGCCUCCUGACCCGGCCCUGGAUUCUCCUCUGUCCAGCCCCUCCUUUUCUGAGCCCUCUCCUGCCACACACUCUUCCCCUAGCUACCCACACUCUGACACUCCCCACACCAGUACCGCAGAAUCUCAAAAAAAAGCAACAGCAGAGGGCCUCCCUGGUAAAGUGGAAAAUUCUGGCAAGAGGAAGCCGCUUCUUCAGGCCUGGGUCUCACCCUCGGAGACACAUCCAGUCUCAGCUGGAACUGGGUCAGCCAAGCACAGACCUCAUCUUGUGAAGCCAAUGAACACGACAGCCACCAAGAUUGCUAACUCCAGCUUGGGAACUGCCACAAUCAUCAGCGAGAACUUGAUCAACGAAGCUAUUAUGAAGAAAUACACCCCCUCGGACCCUGCUUUUGCGUAUGCACAGCUCACCCAUGAUGAGCUGAUCCAGCUGGUCCUCAAACAGAAGGAAACAAUAAACAAGAAGGAGUUCCAGGUUCGCGAGCUGGAAGACUACAUCGACAACCUGCUCGUCAGGGUCAUGGAAGAAACCCCCAACAUCCUCCGCGUUCCGGCUCAGGUCGGCAAGAAGGCAGGGAAGAUGUGAACGGCCAGCCUAUGACACUGAGACUUUUUUUGUGAGUUUCUUUACACUUCCUCCUGAGGUCAAGGACUCCGUGUGCCUGAUAACCAGCCUAAGGCUCCAAGUCGCCACCUAUCUCCCUUGCGUGUGCUAUCUGGCAAGAGUCAGUUCUGCCAGUUGAAGCCAGGUUACUUAUUACAACGAGUCCUUUACUGUACGUUCCCAGGGUUUUAUUUUUAAACGCCACUGUGCCUUAUGUUGUGAAUAUUUUAUGCCCUGAAAAACAGGGUCAUAAGAUCUGAUCCUGGCCCAGAGAGUCCAGUGGCUCCAGGGGUAUUAAUGUAUUUUAACAUCGGGGUUUCCUUUCUUUGACACUGAGAUUCUAAAAUACGUAUCCCCCAGCCAUUAACGCUCGGGGUGAAACGAGAAGGUGCUGCGUUACACAUACUGUCUUGGCUUUUGAGUACCUCGGGUGUGUCUGUUUGGCUGCAGAGGUUAGAUUUUGAUACCACAUCAACCUCCUGCGCUCCUUAGAUUUGGUCCUGCUUUGACCAGAGCAGAGGAGCUUAGGGAAAGCCCUGAGUGUGCCUUUCGAAUUUGUAACAAGUUGCCUUUUCUAAACACACUUCCAUUACUCCCUAGCCUUAAAAUGUGCUCUUGAGAAGUAGAACAGGGGCUGAGAGUCACUUGGCACUCACUCAGGGGGAGCUGGUGCAAGUCCCUCCUCCCAUAAUAGCAGGGUUCCUGCCAGCUGGAUUGGCCUAGUCAGGGCCUUAUAAGGGAUUGGGUGACCCAGGCUUCCUAAAACAGUUCCACCAGGUGUGGGAUGGUUUCAGUAGGAUCCCUGUGGCCUUUCCUCCUGUGCUUCGGCUCCCUGCUUUCCCUGGCCAUUCUUCCUGGCAUUUGCCCCCUUGUUAUAAAAUGGUAAAGAGCAAGAAAAUGAUACUUA